UGUGUUACAUACAUUUUAUACGGUUGGCCCGAGUUUGGCUUUCUUACGUGAAGCCACGAUGUAUACUCGUGCAAGGAAAAGUAGGUUUAUACAUGUCCAAAAGAAGUCUUUGAUUGUAGACUUAAACAUGCAAUUAUUUAUUAGUAGUGCCUUCCACAACUUGGUCUAGUUAGUUACUCGUUCGCCAGAUAUUGAUCAAUGUUGUUGAGCAAUUUUAUAAUCAAUAGUUAAUCCUGGAAGUUAUUUAGUGCACAAACACAUCAUAUUUAAAAUGCUUUCACCCUCUGAUCUAACGGAAAAAACGGUAGGAACUAAAUUUACAGAAGUCAGAAUGCGUAGCAGAACCAAUUCCGGAGUCCGACUCGACUAUUACCAUCGACUCUUGUACCGCACAAUACUCUGUUACCAGGACCCCGUAACAGGUCUAUUACCUGCAAGUCCGACAAAUAAGCAUGCAUGGAUCAGAGAUAAUGUUUAUAGUAUCAUGUCCGUCUGGGCAUUAUCAAUGGCCUACAAAAAGAAUGCAGAUAUGGACGAAGAUCGUGCCAAGACAUAUGAAUUAGAACAAAGCUGUGUUAAAUUGAUGCGUGGACUUCUCAUGUCAAUGAUGCGUCAAAAAGACAAACUAGAAAAGUUCAAGACAUCGCAAUCUCCACUGGAUGCAGUUCAUGCAAAAUAUAGUUCGGAAACUGGCCAGGCCGUCGUGGGAGAUGGGGAGUGGGGACACUUGCAAAUUGAUGCCGUAUCACUUUAUCUCCUCACUCUGGCGCAAAUGACAGCUUCUGGAUUGCAAGUGGUCUUCACCUUGGACGAAGUCGCGUUCAUUCAGAAUCUCGUCUUUUAUAUUGAAUCUGCAUACUGUGUUCCGGAUUAUGGAAUUUGGGAACGAGGGGACAAAAGUAAUCAUGGACUUCCGGAAUUGAACGCGAGUUCGAUUGGAAUGGCGAAAGCAGCUUUGGAGGCGAUGAAUGAAUUGGAUUUGUUUGGGGCGAGGGGUGGACCAGCGUCUGUGAUUCAUGUUCUCGCCGACGAGGCCCAAAAGUGUCAAGCUGUUCUCCAGUCCAUGCUCCCCCGAGAAUCAAAUUCGAAAGAGGUUGAUGGAGGGCUUUUAUCCAUCAUCGGUUUCCCAGCAUUUGCAGUUGACGAUCCAGAUUUAAUCAAAUUGACGAGGAAGACGAUACUUUCCAAACUUCAGGGUCAUUAUGGAUACAAAAGAUUUCUUCGAGAUGGCUAUAAAACACCGAAAGAGGACCCAACAAGAUUAUACUAUGAGCCAUGGGAGCUACGAAUGUUUGAAAAUAUUGAGUGUGAGUGGCCACUGUUUUUCUGUUACAUGAUCAUUGACGCCUGUUUUAGGAAUGAUACGGAGGGAGUUAUUGCAAUUAGUGACGCGUUAGACGAGGUACUAAUAAAAACUGAAGAUGGACUUCGCCUAGUUCCCGAAUUAUAUACAGUUCCUGCUGCUACAGUUAGUGAGGAAUAUAAAAAUCCUGGCAGCCAAAUUAGAGAACCAGUUGGACGGAUUCCCUUUAUGUGGGCACAAAGUCUAUUCAUAAUUGGAAGACUUCUACAAGAAGGCUUUCUUGCCCCUGGAGAAUUAGAUCCUCUUAAUCGACGUCUAGGCUCAGAGAAAAAGCCAGAUGUAGUUGUACAGGUCGUCAUUUUAGCCGAAGAUGAGGCUAUUCAAACUAAAUUGAAGCAAUUUGACAUAAAUGUUCAGACGAUUGCGGAAGUGACCCCAAUAGAAGUACAGCCUGCACGCGUUUUAAGUCACCUUUAUGCUUAUUUAGGCAGGAACAAAAAACUGGAACUAUCUGGCAGACAGUCUCGCGAUGUUGGAAUUUUAUGUACGAGCAAGUUGUACUCCCUGCAAGACAAAAUAUUUGCUUUCACUCCUCAGAGAUUUGACUUCGAAGCGAAUUACAUGAUGUUUGAUUCCGAAGUAUUGGCUCACAAUUUCAAAAAUGACUUGGCUUUUCUUGCUAACAAUUGGACUGGGCAAAUUGGACGGCCAACGGUCAUUCUCAUGUUUAACUCUUCUCUCCUGGGAGAGGACGGGAAAGUUCCAAUGUCAAUUGUUACAACCAUCAAAAAACUAAGGAGUGGUUACACAGUAGGCACUCGGGUUACCUUAGGCUACCUUCAAGAUUUCUUGAGCACUUCAUGCAUUACGAAUCUCAGUUUUCUAGGAAGUAUUGAAGAAGGAAUACCUGAAAAGCUACAUCCUAGCAUUCAGGAAUACUUGGAGGAACAGCUUCAGAGGGCAUUCACACUCAAGCCAAAACUAUCAUCAGCUCCGAGGCUAAAAAUUCAAGGGGCGGCUGCUUCCACACAGAAAACCAGGCAAAGGAAGAAGGAUACUCAGGGACGAAGACUCUCUCUAAAAGGGACCAUCAAGCGAACGAGGUCAAUCUAUAGAGAUACUUUCGAUGAGGACCAAUCAUCAACCUGGAAGGAGCAGCGUCGUAUCACACCACCGAUUUUUGUGGGACAACCAAUCAUUGUAACUCCGAGCACUUCAAGAGAUCAUUCCCCCCCAGAUGAUGUCACAGAGGAGAAAGCUCCUAGACCCACUUGGUCGGUGCUAGGCACCAGACACAGGACUCAAUCUGAUUCUCAAUUUGAAAACACUGAAAUGGAAGAAUUAUUGUCCAUGCUUCGAGAAACGGAAAGUCUGGAGGAACAAGGCGAUAUUAUUCACUAUUUGGUCUUUUCUCAUGGCUUGGAUUUCGUGACAGGAAGGGACGAAAACAAUGUGGAAGUGACGGUUAAAGACUUGCUUAAGGGCUUGUACGAUAAAGCAUGUCAACAGAAACUUUGGGGGCUUGUUCGACACUCAGCAGGAAUCCUCGGGAAACGGGUGGAAGACUUGGCAAAAGCAGUGACAGAUUUGCUAGUGAGGCAGAAACAGGUCACUGUCGGAAUGCCACCACACUUAGAAAAGACCAUCACGGGUCCCCUCCCAGAAGUGGAGCUGCGUCAAAUAAUUCACCAGGUGUACGGGGAUGACGAAAGUACUGCUAUGCUGACUCAAGAGCUGGUCGUUUACUUGGCCAUGUUCAUCAGAACAGAGCCCCAAUUGUUUCAAGAAAUGUUGAGAUUGAGGAUUGGACUCAUAAUUCAAGUAAUGGCCUCAGAGUUAGCAAGGAUGCUGAAAUGCCCUGGGGAUGAAGCCACAGAUUGUCUCCUCAACCUGUCCCCCUUUGAAAUGAAGAAUCUUCUCUAUCACAUCAUGAGUGGAAAAGAGUUUGCCGUCAGCAUAUCUGCGAAAAGUGGACACACUCUUAGCCAUCAUUCUGUGAUUAGUACCAAGUCUACCAAAGUCAGUAAAGGGAAUAUCGACAGCCUAUUUUAUCGAGACGCUGAACAAUCCGAUGCUGAAAAACAGCAAGGUCAAUGGCUUAGGCGACGAAGAUUAGAUGGAGCCUUAAACCGCGUCCCUCGUGGAUUUUAUCCUAGAGUUUGGGCAGUUUUAGAAAGGUGUCAAGGGCUCAACAUCAAGGGCAUGACAUUACUCAAUAAUCUAACGCAAGAGAUGACUUCUGGAGAACUCAAGUUUGCCUUAAGAGUUGAAACGGUUUUAAAUACUAUUCCACAACCGGAAUAUCGCCAACUAGUUGUAGAGGCUUUGAUGGUUCUGACCCUCGUUGUAGAACAUAACUUGGUGACGUACUUGGGAGAGACGAUAUUUGUUGAACAUAUCGUUCAUACAGCCAACAAGAUAUUUCUUCAAGAUCAGAUCAAGAUCAACGGAGAUGCUACUCUGUGUUGUGCCAAAGAUUUAUGCCAUAUUGAAGCCCCACAUGGUCCAAAUAGUGCCUUGGUCUGUGGGGGCGCUGCCAACGUUUGUCAACAUUUUUACGACAGUGCUCCUUCCGGCUGUUAUGGGACCAUGACCUAUCUGGUGAGGUCUGUUGCCCAGACUCUAAACUGCUUACCAAAGGAUGGACAAAUAGAUUGCAGUAUCACUUAAAAUUACCUUCCAUAUAAACCUUUUGAUAUAGUCAGAGAUAUGCGCAUUAUAAGAAAACGUAAUAAUAAUAAAUUCCACGUUGCCGUGUUAUUGAA